AUGGAGACCCUGCUUGGUGGCCUGCUGGCGUUUGUCAUGGCGUUUACCGUGGUCGACGCCUGCCCCAAGUACUGUGUCUGCCAGAACCUGUCUGAGUCACUGGGGACCCUGUGCCCCUCCAAGGGGCUGCUCUUCGUACCCCCUGACAUCGACCGGCGGACGGUGGAGCUGCGUCUGGGCGGCAACUUUAUCAUCCACAUCGGCCGCCAGGACUUCGCCAACAUGACGGGGCUGGUGGACCUGACAUUGUCCAGGAACACCAUCAGCCACAUCCAGCCCUUCUCCUUCCUGGACCUCGAGAGCCUGCGCUCCCUGCACCUCGACAGCAACCGGCUGCCCAGCCUCGGGGAGGACACGCUGCGGGGCCUGGUCAACCUGCAGCACCUCAUUGUGAACAACAACCAGCUGGGAGGCAUCGCAGACGAGGCCUUCGAGGACUUCCUGCUGACGCUGGAGGAUCUGGACCUCUCCUACAACAACCUCCACGGCCUGCCCUGGGGCUCCGUGAGGCGCAUGGUCAACCUGCACCAGCUGAGCCUGGACCACAACCUGCUGGACCACAUCACCGAGGGCACCUUCACCGACCUGCAGAAACUGGCCCGCCUGGACCUCACCUCCAACCGGCUGCAGAAGCUGCCCCCGGACCCCAUCUUCGCCCACUCCCAGGCCUCCGCCCUGACGGCCACGCCCUUCGCUCCACCCCUAUCCUUUAGUUUUGGGGGAAACCCACUGCAUUGUAACUGCGAGCUUCUCUGGCUGCGGAGGCUCGAGCGGGACGAUGACCUGGAGACUUGUGGCUCCCCGGGGGGCCUCAAGGGCCGCUACUUCUGGCACGUGCGUGAGGAGGAGUUUGUGUGCGAACCGCCUCUCAUCACCCAGCACACGCACAAGCUGCUGGUCCUGGAGGGCCAGGCGGCCACACUCAAGUGCAAGGCCAUCGGGGACCCCAGCCCCCUCAUCCACUGGGUGGCCCCCGAUGACCGCCUGGUGGGGAACUCCUCCAGGACUGCCGUGUAUGACAAUGGCACCCUGGACAUCCUCAUCACCACGUCUCAGGACAGCGGUGCCUUCACCUGCAUCGCUGCCAACGCCGCUGGGGAGGCCACGGCCACAGUGGAGGUCUCCAUUGUCCAGCUGCCGCACCUCAGCAAUAGCACCGGCCGCACGGCGCCCCCCAAGUCCCGCCUCUCGGACAUCACUGGCUCCAGCAAGACCAGCCGGGGAGGUGGAGGUAGUGGGGGCGGGGAGCCUCCCAAAAGCCCCCCGGAACGGGCUGUGCUGGUGUCCGAUGUGACCACCACCUCGGCCCUGGUCAAGUGGUCGGUCAGCAAGUCCGCCCCCCGGGUGAAGAUGUACCAGCUGCAGUACAACUGCUCCGACGAUGAGGUACUGAUUUACAGGAUGAUCCCAGCCUCCAACAAGGCCUUCGUGGUCAACAACCUGGUGUCAGGGACUGGCUACGACCUGUGCGUGCUGGCCAUGUGGGAUGACACGGCCACCACGCUCACGGCCACCAACAUCGUGGGCUGUGCCCAGUUCUUCACCAAGGCCGACUACCCACAGUGCCAGUCCAUGCACAGCCAGAUCCUGGGCGGCACCAUGAUCCUCGUCAUCGGUGGCAUCAUUGUGGCCACGCUGCUGGUCUUCAUCGUCAUCCUCAUGGUGCGCUACAAGGUCUGCAACCAGGAGGGCGCCGGGAAGCCGGCGGCCACCGUCAGCAACAUGCACUCGCAGACCAAUGGGGCCCAGCCCCCCGCGCUGGGCAGCGCACCCAGCGGGGCCCCCGCACCCGGGCCACCCAAGGUGGUGGUGGGCCACGAGCUCAUGGACUUCAGCGCUGGCCUGGCCCGAGGCAGCGACUCCUCUUCCUCCAGUUCCCUGGGCUUCGGGGAGGCUGCAGGGCUGGGACGGGGCCCCUGGAGGCUCCCACCCGCCGCGCCCCGCCCCAAGCCCAACCUUGAUCGCCUGAUGGGGGCCUUCGCCUCCUUGGACCUCAAAAGUCAGAGAAAGGAGGAGCUGCUGGACUCCAGGACUCCAGGCGGGAGAGGGUCUGGGACAUCGGCCAGGGGCCACCCCUCGGACCGAGAGCCACUGCUGGGGCCGCCUGCGGCCCGGGCCAGGAGCCUGCUCCCUUUGCCCCUGGAGGGCAAGGCCAAACGCAGCCACUCCUUCGACAUGGGGGACUUUGCAGCUGCGGCUGCGGGAGGGGUCGCCCCUGGUGGCUACAGCCCCCCUCGGAGGGUCUCGAACAUCUGGACAAAACGCAGUCUUUCUGUCAACGGCAUGCUCUUGCCCUUUGAGGAGAGUGACCUGGCGGGGGCCCGGGGAACUUUUGGCAGCUCCGAGUGGGUGAUGGAGAGCACGGUGUAG